CUCACUUGGAAGACCAUGAAGACGUCAGUGUGCUAGCCGACUUGGCACAUCCUAUCCCUCUCUGGGUUGACUUGUCUGAAGUACCUUCUGUCUACCUGUUGGUUUUGGAGCCUGUAAAUGUUGACCUGUAUGUGAGUGCACACGUUGGAGCUUUCAUAGGAUCCAAACCAGAGGAGAGCUUUCUGUUGCUGUCACAUAUUUAUCUGUACAGAUCCCCAGUACUGACAUGCAAGCUGCAGUGUCUCAUCUGCUCCUCUUGGGGGUGCUGUGUCUCAACUUCAGAGUCCAGGCCUCAACUCUGAGAGAAGCAGCAGGAGAGUUGGAGGGGGUCCUGCCCUGUGGCUCCUGGGACUGUGAGUGUGCGUUCACCCGCCAGCGAGGCUGCUGCUGUGCCUCAGGGCAGUUCCACAAGCUGGAGGAGCUGGUCUUCCAGCGCAUGACCGACCUGUGGAGCGGCCUGUCCCGGCUGGACUAUCACGUCCAGCAGGCCACAGAGGGGAUGGGCGUGGCUUUCAGUUCCUCCAGAGCCCCGGGCAACCAGUGCUACGGCCCCUUCAACCGGAACAUGCCCAUUCCCUACAGCGUAAUCUCUCUCAACAAUGGCAACGGCUACAACCCUGCCCUAGGGGUGUUCACGGCCCCUCACGCCGGCCUGUACUCCUUCAGCUUCACGGCCUACUCCAAGGAGCCGAGCGCCAACGACAGGCUGUACUACCAGGUGCAGCUGAUGAGGAACGGCGAGGUGAUGGCGUCCACGUGGGAGGACAACAGGGAGGACUCGGAGGACAGCGCCACCCAGACCGUGCUGCUGGCCCUGGAGAGGGGAGGCCAGGUUUACGUGGACCUGUUGCCGGGACGGCAGCUUUGUGGAGACGCCAUGGGCCGGAACAGGUUCUCUGGCUACAUGCUGUACCCUGGUGAGGCCCAGGGCUAAGCCACAGAGACACACAGGCCAGCCAUCACCACACACAUCCAUUUGGUCUCUGAUCCUAGACAGUCAUAAUCUGAGUAAAUGCAUUUUGUAGUUCUUGUGGGGGAGGGGAAUAAAGUAUUUUGAAAA